AUGGCCCCCAAAUAUCGAUCGAUCAAAUAUUUGGUUUCCUUUCUUUCGCCUUUAUUAUUGAUCGCCCCCCGCGUAUCUCCAUCCCUCGUUAAAAAGGAAAAAGGGGAUGCGGACGAUCCCCCACCUUGCAUCUCAGGAACGAAAAUCUCCCCCGCGGCCCUCACUCCUGCGCCUCGACGCUUCCGCCCGCCGCCCCACGCCUCGCAUGGCUGGACGCCGCCAUCUGCACCUACACGUGUUUCUGCGCCCCCUGCCGCCGCCGGCGCCCUUCGCUCCCCCCUCCUCCCUUACCCUCCCACCCCCUCCCCUCGUUUCUUCACCACGGCGUUGUGGCGCAGUACCGGGAAGACUUGGCUGCAGGUCACGGCGCAACUACAUGGUGCUCAUCGGCGCGACGGCUUCGUCAUCAACAGCACGCUGUGGCGGGUCAUGCUCGGCACCACCACGCUCGUCUCGUCGGCCGAUCCAAGGCAAGGCGGCGGCUUCAGCAUGAGGCGUAGGAGAUGUAUGAGGAUGCGUGGAAGGCCAACAUCCCAAACUUCAGGACUCUCUUUGUUCCAUCGAGGACACCAUCACAGAGAGGAAGAGAGGAGCUUACUGUAGGAUGCUAAGAUCUUUCUUCACUGCCAAAGAGAGGAGUGAGGUGUUCGUGCUUUUGUUCAUUUGCAGGACCAUUGCUUCUUUCGUUUUUGUUUCUUAUAACCACAUCAGUGAAAUCCUCUUCAAUCUUAGCCUCCUUUGUUGCCAGGAACGUAGCCACGAUAUCCUGGCCGGUGAUGCUACCUGAAGAUCAUGCAAAAAAUUGUCAUGUUAGGGCAUUGUCGGCAUGGGAACACCGGACCAGCGUGUGUGAUGACGCCGUCUGGCAGGUUUUGACCACAACCCACUUUACAGGUGGACAGGUAGGGUCAACCACAUGACUGGGUGAUGUGGUGCACGAGUAGGCUAGGAGGAACAAGAAUAGGAAGGACUGUAGUUGAGAGAAGAUAAUGCCAUAUUGUCAUCUUGACUGAAGGUUGGGCACCUGACGAUGCUUGUCAAUCAGAACUCUGAAGGUAUAUUGUGUGAUGCUUGUCAACGAGAACUCUGUAGGUUUUAUGUCUUACACUUUUGACUUACAUACAUUACUGAAUUAAAGAGAUAGCAAUGUUCAGGAGAAGAUGCAGUGCUGCAAACAACUCAUCAUUCUCAUAGUAGCUAGCAAAUCAUUUUAUAUUAUAUGAGUUAUU